AUGGGUCGCAGGUACUACGAGGAGUACACGGCGCCGUGGUGGAAACCGUCCGGCUGGACCAAGAAGGUCUGGGCACUCGUCAUAGGCAGUAUCACGGCCAUCGUUGUGAUUGUGAUUGUGGUGGCCGUUGUUGUUACGCGCAACAAUGCCAACGCCAACAGGUAUCCCGACUACAGCCAGCUCAACUACACCCUCAAGGAGACGUUCUCGGGCGAGUCCUUCUUUGACAACUUCAACUACUUCACGGGCUACGACCCGGCCUCGGGCUUUGUCCAUUAUGUUCCCAAGGAGACAGCGACGUCGUUGAACCUUACGUCCGCUUCGAGCUCUUCGGCCGUCGUCAAGGUUGAUACGUCUGUCGGCCCUGGCUCGACGCCCGAUGCCUCGACCGGCCGCUUCUCCGUCCGCCUCGAGUCCAAGAACCAGUACAACAACGGCCUCUUUAUUUUUGAGGUCAAGCACACGCCGUACGGCUGCGGCACGUGGCCGGCGCUGUGGCUGACAGACCCCAACAACAACAUCUGGCCCGCGCAUGGCGAGAUCGACAUCAUGGAGGCGGUCAACCUGGCGACGACGGGCAAUAUGAUGACCCUUCACACCACAAACGGCUGCACCAUGGAGUCGGUCAAGCGCCUCAUGUCCGGCACAGUCGCACAGACGGACUGCUACAACGGCACCAACAACAACGCGGGCUGCGGCGUCGACGGCAGCGCCGCGACGUUUGGCACGACGUACAACUCGGACGGCGGCGGCACGGUGGCGGUGGAGUGGCGCGACGCGGGCAUCCGCAUGUGGCAGUUCACGUCCGGGUCGGUACCCUCGGACAUUACCGCCGGCAACCCGAACCCCAGCGCGUGGGGCACGGCGCUGGCCGACUUCCCCAACACGAAGUGCGACAUUGGCUCGCACUUUACCAACGCCAGCAUCAUUGCCAACAUUGACCUCUGCGGCUCGCUGGGCGAGGCCAAGUACCCAACGUCGAGCUGCCCCAUGAACUGCGUGGGCAGCCACAAGUGCAUUGGCGGCUCGUCACCGACAAACUGCACGGACUACGUGGCGAACAACCCAGCGGCCUUUGAGAAUGCCUUCUGGGAAUUUGGAAAGUUCCAGAUUUAUCAGACGUCGUAA